UGCAACUGUGCUACCCAAACGAAGAAAAUAUUUUACUUUUUCUCAGCAAUUAGAGAUUUUUUCCAACUUAACUAAAUUUUAAAACAAAAAUUCGCCAAUUAAAUGCUAAAGUUUUUAUAUAAAAUCAUUGAAAAUGUCUAAAACAAUUAUUCGAUAUUUAUAAGAAAUUGAAAAUAGUGAGCAAAAUCAAGCAAAUUGAUCGAAAAAUUCGAUUAAUUGAAAGUGAAAUUUUUUUCAAAGAGUGGCCUUAGUGCUCACUAAGGUAUCACACAAAAAAAAAAAGAAAAAAUUGUGUGUAGCAGGCAGCAGCUUGUUUGUUAAUUUUGGUUAUUGUUGGUGGCGGUGGUGGUGGUCGUCAUCAUCAUCAUCAAGAGCAGCAGCACAAGUACUGCAAGUCUAUUUAACACUUUAUGACGACCAAAAUAAUAAAAAUAAGUCGUGUGUACGUGUAUUAGACUGUGGGGUGUUGAAAAGUUUUGAAAUCGAACAAUAAUAAAAAAGUUUAAAUUGAAAUCAAUUCGUAGAAAAAGGAUACGUUUGUUUGCAUAAGCAAAUAAACCCACUUUCAACACGAACAAAGUAUAAAAAGACGUGAUAAGGAACGAAAAGUUCAAUAUUCUUAAACAAAUAUGAUUCUCCAAGAACCAGUACAGGCUGCCAUAUGGCAUUGUCUCAAUCACUAUGAUCACAAGGAUGCGGUAUUUCUGGCAGAGCGUUUAUGUUCAGAAGUGGAGACUGAUGAAACCAUUUUUAUCUUAGCCACCAGCUAUUAUCGUUCAAAUCUUAUACAUCAAACGUAUUGGCUACUGCGAGAAAAAUCACGCCGUUCGCCACAAUGUCGUUUCCUACAGGCAAAAUGUGCCUAUCAACUUAAGAAAUAUUCCGAAGCUGAAUGUGCUCUAACCAUCAAUGGUUUUGGUGAUAUGAAGAAUUGUUUUGACGAUAUUGUCAAGGAAUUCGGUGAAAUAGCAUGUUUUGUUCUACAGUUAAUAGCACAGAUUUGUGUUAAAACAGAACGUAAUAAAAUAGCCACCAUGGCAUUACGUAAGGCAUUGAAAUUGAAUCCGUUUAUGUGGCAAGCAUUUGCCGAUCUCUGUCAGUUGGGUGAAUACCCAGAUGCAAAUAGUAUUUUUCAUAUACCCAAUACUGAUAUAUUCAAUACAUGCCAAGGUAAUGUGAAUACAAAUUCGAUGAUACUGUUUGGCAGUGGUGGGGUUGGUGGAGGCUGUGGAGCGGGAAAUCUUGGCAGUCUAAAUGAAAGCGGUAGUAUAAAUUAUUCAAAUUUCGGUACAACAAAUACAAAUAUUUCAGUGGAUGGUGGUUUUAUUAGUCAAUUGAGCAAUAGUUCAAAUUAUAUACUCUCCACACCCGUAGAACAGCAAAUACAGCCGCCUUCUAAUAACAAUGGCCUGGGUGCCUUACAGGCCCUAACCACACCAAAUAAUAACAAUAACAAUUUAAAUAGUUCCAUAUCAAUGCUAAGAGGUACAAAUGUAGUACAGAGUGUGGGCAGCGGGGGUAAUGGGGGAGGUGGUGGCGUUGGUCAAGGAGUUGGCCAACAGAACAGCAGUAUGAUGAUGUUGGACGAUACUCCAGUGGGUUAUACCACCAAUUCCGAUCAAACUAGCAUUACGGCACAAGGACAACAACAACAAUUUGAUGGUGGUGCUGGUACACCAUUCCGCAAACAAUUCAAAUAUCUGUCUGCUAUGUCACCCACAACACCCAGUUUUGGUGUUCUACCCAUAAACAGUCCGUGCGGUGGAGAUUCUUCAUUUUUGGGCAGUCUAGGUGCUGGUCACACACAAGCCAAUCUCAAUAUAACAAAUUCCCCAUUACCCCAAACACUGGCCGAAGUCAAUCAAGAACAAAAAGUAAUAGGAAAAAAGAUGAAGGGACACGUUAGUUCUUUAAUCAAUCGCAAAGAAACUUCAACAAAUGCUGGUGGGGGCAGUAAACCUUCGGUGUUUACACAAACCGGUAAUAUAACUCCACGUACACCCAACAACAGUGGUAAUGUUUCAAAUGUUCCUAAUAUUCCUAAUGCUGCUGUGAGGCGAAGUUCCCGUCUCUUUAGCCAUAGUGCUUAUUCAGUAAAGGAAAACAACAAGUCGCCCAAUAUAUCAAAUAAGUUCGUUCAGCCACGUUCACCGCCACGUAAAACUAAAGCUCGUAUGGGAAAAAUCUGUCUAAACAAUGAACUAAUCGAAGACAAAUCGAAUGCCAAUCAAACAAAUGCCGAUAAAGUUAGCGAAAAGAAUAUACGCAAAGAUAAGGAAAAAGUGGAAACUAUUACUUCGGCUCAAACGGGCAAUAAUCGCUCGAAUGAAGAUGCCAAAGUGCAGCUGAACAACAGUUUAAAUAGUGCCCAAACUAUGACCCAUCACCUGCUAGCCCUUAAAAAACAAUCAGCCGAUGGUCUGAUGACCCUAAUGCGUGAUCUAGGCGAAGGCUUUAAGCAAUUGGCACAUUUUCAAUGUAAAGGCGCCAUUAAACACCUAGAGGCUACAAUACCAAAACAUCAUUUUUCUUCCAAUUGGGUGCAAUCAUUAAUCGGCAUGUGCCAUUACGAAUUGAGAGAAUAUGAAAAUGCGGUGGCGAUAUUUAAACGUAUACACGAGCAGGAGCCUUAUCGUUUAGAUUAUAUGGAAAUAUACUCAUCCUCCUUGUGGCACUUGCAGAAAGAGGUGAGUCUUUCGGCCUUGGCCCAAGAUCUAAUAAAUCAAGAUAAAACCUCACCCAUAACUUGGUGUGUGGCGGGUAAUUGCUUUUCGCUGCAUAAAGAGCAUGAAACUGCUAUUAAGUUCUUUAAGCGGGCCGUACAAGUAGAUCCAGAAUUUGUAUAUAGUUAUACACUAUUGGGGCAUGAACUAGUGCUCACUGAAGAACUGGACCGAGCCAUGGACUAUUUCCGCUCAGCUGUGGUGCGUGAUCCACGUCACUAUAAUGCCUGGUUUGGCAUCGGCACCAUCUACUCAAAACAGGAAAAAUACGAAUUGGCCGAAUUGCACUACAUUAAGGCCUUGAAAAUCAAUCCCCAAAAUUCAGUUAUACUUGUGCAUAUUGGUGCUAUGCAAUACUUUAUGCAGAAGAAAGAACAGGCCUUACAGACCCUUAAUACCGCCGCAACAUUAGAUCCUAAAAAUCCCUUGGCACGUUUCCAUCGUGGUUCGAUAUACUUCUCGUUGGGUAAACAUCAAGAGGCUUUGAAAGAACUUGAGGAACUCAAAGAAAUCGUACCUAAGGAAUCGGUUGUCUUCUAUUUAAUAGGAAAAAUUCAUAAAACAUUAGGCAAUGUUGACUCGGCUCUCAUGCACUUCAGUUGGGCCACCGAUCUCGAUCCCAAGGGUGCCAACAAUCAAAUUAAAGAUGCCUUCGAUUCUAUGUCACAUCCCUGUUGUCCCACUUCAAUGAAUGAUCCCGGUCUAGAUGCUGAUUUAGAACCCAUAUCCGAGCGUUCGGAUGAAUCAACCCAGGCCCAAGAUGUCAACUACGAUAGUGACUUUUAAGUCAGCCAGCCACCUGCUAAAUGUUUUUGUGUUUGUCCAUUUCUCUAACGACUGAUAUUAAAACGAAGGUGGUCCAAGUCUAAUAAACCCUCAAUGGCAGUAGAGUGGUAGUAAAUUUAUUAUAACAUUUUGUAAUAUUUUUUUGUUUAUCUUCUUUAUAUUGACUUUUUUUACUUUCACCUUGCUCCAUAUAUACAAUCUUUCUAACACUUUUCCUCCUACUUCUUCUACUUCUCCUUUCACCUUACACUUUUCUAUAUUUAUGUUUGUAAAGCUGCAAGCUGCAUAAUGUUAAUUGUAAACAUACAACAUUGGGAGUUACAUACAUAUUGUUUUAUUAUUUCUUUUAUUAACUUUAUAUUUUUUUUUCAAAUGCUUUAGGGGCGUGUGUGUUUGUGUGUGAAUGUAUGUGAAAAUAAAAUAACUGGAAAAACAUUUAUAAAAACCACCGAUUUGUUAUUUAUAGUUUUUUUUUUAAAGAAAAUCUAUAUUUAUUUUGUAAUGCUUUUAAAUAAAUUACAAAAUUAAACUAAUGCGGAAUAAGUAGUAAACUUGAACAUGAAAUCGGUUGAUUUUUGUUUUCAUCACAGGCAUGUAACUCCAUCAUUAUCAUCAUUAUUAUUAUUUAAUUUUAAUUUAUUACCCCCCUCAAAGUAACACAAUAAUAAAACAAUAAUUUUACUAUGUUUAACAUCAAUCAAUAAAAAAAAGUUAGUAAUAUUUAAACCAAAUAAAUUUACCUUCUCUACUUGUUAUUUUACUAUCCUCUAACAAAAAAAAAUGAUUAAAAAUAAUACCAUAAAUUAUAAAAUACAGCCAAAACACUCUUAUGUUAGGGACUGUUUAAAAAAAAAGAAUAAAACCAACAAUAAAACAUAAAUAAUUUAAGCUUAAAUGGACAUUUUAUAAUUUUAAUUUGCAAAUAAUAAUAAUAAUAAUAUAAAACACAAGAAAAUAAGCAUAAAAUAAACAUUAAUUACAAUUUGAAUUAGUAGUACGUAAUAACUUUAAAAUUAAUGAAUGAUAAAGAAACAAAACAAGAAAAGAAAAGAUGAAAGAAAUAAUUAUUAUUAAUAGUAAUAUAAACGCAAAACCUGAU